CUCCUAGCGACUAACCGGCGAAGUUUGACGCCAGUCGAAACAUGGCGGCCCCCACGAACUCCACGUUGUUGGACGAUCUAUGCAAGAAGCCUGAUGUGCUGCAAGAGGAGUUUGGCAGCGAUGGGGAAGGCCGCCAGUUACGUCGCAAGGGCCACGUCGACUCAUUUCGUCACAAGAAGUUGCUGGAUGCCAUCGGUUCCCUGGGUGGCAAAAAAAAGGUGACACCACGGACUGAGCCGAGCUUGACAGUCUCCGAAUAUGACCUUUCAAAAGCUUCAGUGGAGAAGGUGGCUGUGCACCAGCUGCUCAUGGGCCUCAAGAAGACCGAUGCCCACCGGCAGAUCAAGAAGAAAGUGCGCUCAAUUGUGCGCAAUGCCAAGGUGUUGGCCGAACCCUUGCCCCGACCUCAACUCCAGAGGGCACAGCGUCAGGUCGCGUAUGAAAAGGUCGGCGAGGAAGUCUCCGUGUGGGAGCCUGUGGUCAAACAGAACCGUGUGGCCGAACAGCUGCGCUUUCCACUGAAGCAGCCGGACAUGAGAAUGGAGUCUGCCGGUAAAUUUGCUGAGCGCCUCAAGCCAAAGACUGAUCUCGAGAAAGAAAUAAACAAGAUCCUGAAGGUCAGCGAAAAUGUCACACCACCAGGAGCUGAACUGACUCCAGCUGAAGAGAAAGCGCUCAAGGCCAUGAGCUUGGAAGAGGCCAAGGAAAGACUGGCUGAGCUCAAAAAGAUGAGGGCUCUGCUAUCCUAUCAGGAGAUGAAGGCUCGAAGGCAGGGCAAGAUCAAAAGCAAGAAGUAUCACCGUAUUCUAAAGAAGGAGCGCCUGAAGAAACAAAUGAAAGAGUUCGAGGAACUCAAGGAGAAGGACCCGGAGCUUGCCAUCGAGAAGCUGCGAGAACUUGAAAAGCAGCGAGUCUUGGAAAGAGUGUCGUUGAGGCAUAAAGGCACAGGAAAAUGGGCCAAGCACCAAAUGCUGAGGACCAAAUACAACCAGGAGAGUCGAGAAGCACUGUUGAAGCAGCUGGAGCUAAGUCGGCAACUCACACAGAAGCCUCUGGUAGAAUCAUCUGAUGAUGAGGAUGCAAUGGACUCUGCUGCUGCUAAAGAAGUUGCAGCCGCACAUACUGGAGAGCUAGAGGCAAGCUUCUUCAACUCUGCUAACCCAUGGCUCAAGAACCCAAGUGUAGCACGGCCCAGCACAGGAGCAGAUAGUGUUGAUGAUGUCAUUGCUGAUGCUGUGUCUCUAGAAGCAGUUUCUGGAGAUGGAAGGGGCAAAGACGCUGUAGCUUUGCCAGGUGAUGAUGGUGAGGAGGCUGUUGAUAAAAACUGUGAUGUCGGUGCAGUUGGAGCGGCAGACAGCGUGGAAAGCGAGCAAGAACACUUAGCCACUACGAAGGGUACAGAAGAGAAAACAGCAGUCGAGGCUGAAACAGAAAGCUGCAUGAUCAACGAUGAGAAAGAAAAAAAUGCAGAACUUUCAAAGCCAAAAUGUGGUCAAGCAAAACUUGGUUCAAUCAAGAAAGGUCCAAAAAGGAAACUUGCUUCAAUUACCAAGAAUGGAGGCAAGAUCAGUGCACCAGUCUCCAAGCCAUUGAAGCCAUCCCCAGACGAAAGAGAAGACACUAACAUUGACCAGAUGUUUGAUUCUCUGAAUGAACAUGCUAUGAAAAAGAGGAAAAAAAUAAAGCCUGGUCAGAAAAGGAGGGGCCAGAAGAGCAGUAAGUCGGUGACUUUCAAGGAGAGAAAAGAGGUUAAUGAGAAAGAGAACAACGACAACGCUGACAGCACAACAAUGGAAGGCCUUGAAAGUGCUGAAAGUGCGGCACAGCUAGAUGAGACAUUGGAAAGGAAGCGGACUCUGAAAGACCUGGAAAGUUUCAGCAAAGAAAAAACGCCAAAGCCAACACAGAAGCGCUCCUUGAUCCCCCAGCCAACACAGCCGGAAGCAAAACCGGAUAAAGUAGAAGUUGACCCAACAAAGUUCCUUGAGGUGAAACAGCAAAUAUUAAAGUCCAGGGCUCCAGACUUGGGUGGAACUGCUGAGGAUGCCUUGGAUGAUGAAGACAUUGAGAAGGAACAGGCCGUUACUAUUGCUGAAGCAUUUGCAGACGACGAUGUCAUCAGUGCUUUUAGGGAAGAGAAGAAAGCGCAGGUGAAGCAGGAUACACCACAAGGCGUUGACCUUUUCUUGCCUGGCUGGGGAUCCUGGGGUGGCGGCGGCAUCAAGGUAGAUCGGAAAAAGAGACGCAAGUUUUAUGUGAAGCCUCCCCCAGCACCACCGAGGAAAGACCAAACACUUGGUAACGUGAUCAUCAGCGAAGCCCAAGAUGAAAAACUUGAGGCACACCAGGUUGACGCGCUGCCAUUCCCAUUCAACAACGUCAGCCAGUUCGAAGCAGUCAUCAGUCACCCUGUGGGCAGCUUGUGGAAUCCCGAGACGUCCUUCAGAGAACUUACUGCACCGAAGGUUGUUGCCAAGAUAGGGCAGGUCAUUGACCCCAUAGACACAGAUGCCCUGACCCUCAAGAAGAAGGAGAAUGUUGUCGAUAAGCUCUUGGAGCGGCAGAAAGCUGAAGCAAAGCACAAGCAGCAGCCGCAGCGACGAAGGAAGAAAAAAUGAACAAAGGUGCUGACCGGAAUGCAAGCAUGUUCAUGCCUCCAAGAGGAAUGAAGUGAACCUGUAUAAUAUGUACAUAUUGAAAUAAAUACACACUGCGGCAUGUACAAA